UCCUGUACUCUCUCCGCGCACAGCAAGAUGAAAUUUGACAGCUUACUUACAGAAAUUAACGGAUUUGGUAAAUUCCAAACCCAACUAGUUGUAAUUCAGUUAUUCUCUCGAAUUCUUUUGCCAUGUCACUUUCUCCUGAACAACUUCAUGGCAGCUGUUCCCUCUCAUCACUGUAACGUCUCUGCUCUGGGUGAUGGAGGCCGCUUUGGUAAUUUAACGCAGGAUCAGAAACUGGCUGUUGGUAUUCCAGCAGUGCAGGAUGGGACCCCGAGCUCCUGUCUGAUGUUUUCAAAUCCACAAUAUCAACUUCUGUCCGGCUCCAACAGCAGUGAAGAAACCCUGACUGCCCAGUGUCAGAAUGGAUGGGUGUACGACAACAGCACAUUUAAAACCACUCUGGUAACAGAGUGGGAUCUGGUGUGCAGUAGAAAGGGGAUGAACAAGGCAACAGCCACGAUUUUCUUCAUUGGUGUGAUGGUAGGAGCCCCGAUAUUUGGGUUUCUCAGUGACAGGUUUGGGCGACGGCCACUGCUGUUGGUCUCUUAUGUGUUAUCCAUGACAUUUGCAGUCCUGAGUGCAUUCUCCACAUCGUAUGUAAUGUUUGUCAUCAUGAGAUUUUUCACGGGGUUGUCUCUGGCAGGAAUAAGUAUCAUCUCUAUUGUUUUAAAUGUUGAGUGGUUCGACAUCAAACAUCGGACCUUUUCUGGUAUAAUCUUAAGCCUGGAUUGGACUCUUGGAAACUGGAUCCUGACAGGAAUAGCAUACUGUGUGACUGAGUGGAGGAUGCUCAUCCUGGCAGUGACCUCACCACUGAUGGUGUCCAUCAUCACAUGGAGGUGGCUUCCAGAGUCUGCGAGGUGGCUCCUAGCCAAUGGGAAAGCAGAUGUUGCUCAUGAGUACCUCAUGCAAUGUGCUGAGAUGAACAAGAGAACAAAGAGCAUGGACACUGUUACACCAAGGGCAUUACUGGAAUCUGCUCAAGCUGAAACUGUGAAUAAGAAGUACACUUUCUUGGAUCUUUUCAAAACCCCAAACAUGAGGAAGAUUUCUAUUUGCUCAGGGAUUGUAUGGUAUGGAGUUGCAUUUACAUACUAUGGAAUAAGUCUGAAUAUAAGUGGUUUUGGAGUGAACCCAUACCUCACACAGUUUAUAUUUGCAUUCAUUGAAUUGCCGAUGAAGAUUGGUCUGUAUUUCUACCUGGAGAGAGUGGGCAGAAGGCCUGGUGAGGUGUCAGCCCUGCUGUUGACCGGUCUCAGUCUCUUCAUCAACAUGUUUGUUCCAAAAGGUCAGUGGGUCGCUAGUACUGUUAUUGGAGUGAUUGGAAAAGCAAUGUCAGAAGCCUCCUUCACGAUUAUCUUCCUCUACACAACUGAACUCUUUCCAACAGUCGUACGACAGAACGCUUUAGGUUACACUUCAUUUAUAGCACGACUGGGCGUCUCCAUUUCCCCUCUCAUCAUUCUCCUGGAGGACGUGUGGCACCUUCUCCCCUCAGCCAUAUACUGUGCGGUGGCAGUGGGCUCUGGUUUAGUGGCUUAUCUCCUGCCUGAGACAUUACACGUCCAGCUGCCACAACACAUCGAGGAGAUUGAGAAACCAAGGGGGGAAUCAACAAGGAGGAAGGAGAUUCAUUAAAAUCUAAUGCCUUGGCCAUGGCAGUGAUGAAGUUUGUUAUACAAUGAAUCAACCUUCAUCAAUUGAAAAGGAGUUGAAAAUGUAAACAUAAUUUAAAGCUUGAAAUAAUUGAACAAAGUCUGCAUUUAAGAUGUCCAAAGGUUUCCUGUCUUACACACCAAGAAGUCAGCAGAAGAAACCCCAAGAGCAGUGUUUCUGUAUGUUAUUUUCAGUUGGCAAUAAAGUGGUACUAAUAAACAAUAAUGUUGAUUUGAAUUUAACAAUUGAUGUUGGAGUAGAUCUUCUGGACGUAGAGAUCUGUUACUCUCAGCACAGGAGUUAUUAAUCUUCUGCCAGAGUUGGACCAGAAGCGAUCAACUGGAGACUUCAUGAAAGUCCAUGAUAAAUUUGUAUGAAUAUAAAAUAAACUAAAGGUCAAAUAUUAUGCAUAAUAUACUUUACUAUGUUUUUCUAACACUAAUAUGUGUCUCUAGCUUGUCUACAAACACCCCAAUUAUGAG